AUGUUCCAUGAGGUGCUGCGGUGCCCGUUUCCACCCAGAGUGCUGCCUCUUCUGGCAGCUGUGCUUUUCCAAAGGAAGGAGAGGAAAGAGACUGGGUUUUAUCACUGGCGGUGGGAGAAACACCCUUACUACAACCUAACAGUAAAAGUCCUCCGAGCCAGAAACAUCAAGGGUACAGAUCUGUUGUCCAAGGCAGACUGCUAUGUUGAACUAAAGCUGCCCACUGCAUCUCCUGUGAUCUCCAGAACUCACGUUGUUGACAACUCUGAUAACCCAGAAUGGAAUGAAACUUUCCAGUAUCGAAUCCAUAGUGCUAUCAAGAACAUUCUGGAAUUGACACUCUAUGAUAAAGAUGUCCUCAUCAGCGAUGAGCUCACGUCUAUCGUCUUUGAUGUAGGGGGCAUGAAGCUGGGUCAGCCCCUGCUGCGCACUUUCACGUUGAACUCUGAGGCUAAUGAAGAGCUGGAUGUAGAGUUUUACUUGGAAAAAUGCUCUGAUGCCCCUACAGAGGUAUUGACCAAUGGAGUCCUUGUGGUUCGUCCUUGCUUGUCUCUGCAAGGCACUGUCAACAAAGAGGAAAAAGCAAAAGAGAAACAGCAAGGGAGCUGUGAGGUCAAGCUGUCUGUUCCAGGCGCAUAUCAGAAGCAAUUGUGUAUUCCUUGGAGACCGGACAAUGAGAAGGAUUAUGGAACCUCAUUUGUCUUUCAUGUGGAUAAAGAGAUGUGUCCAGAACUGCAAGUGGAGCUGGAGCAAACCAUAUCUGUCCUACAGGAUGGUGUGAACCCUGAUAUUGAAAAGCAUACAACAGUUCUGGGAUUGGGGACUGUACCAGUUAAUUCCCUUCCUAUUGGACAAGAAGUUGAUAGAGUCAUUUCUCUGGGAGAGGGACAAAGUUUGGAUAUGAGUUUGAAAACUGAAGAGAGCACUUGGGAUCUUGAUAUACGUCUGGGUUUUGAUCUCUGUAAAGGAGAGAGAGAAUUUUUGGACAAAAGGAAGAAAAUAGUUUCUGAGGCACUGAGGAAGACUCUUCACUUAAAAGAAUCCCCUCCAAAACAUGAGGUUCCAGUCAUAGCAGUACUGGGGUCUGGAGGUGGGAUGAGAGCACUGACAUCGUUCUAUGGCAGUCUUGCUGGGCUUCAGCAGCUUGGCCUUUUGGAUGCUGCAAUGUAUGUGUGUGGGAUUUCUGGCUCUACUUGGUGUUUAUCAACAUUGUAUCAAGAUCCUGACUGGUCGCAGAAAGACCUUCAAGGUGCCAUCAGAAGAGCUCAGAGUACUGUGUCCAGCAGCAAAGCAGGGGCAUUUUCCCCAGAACGACUGAAAUACUAUUUCCAGGAGCUGAAUGCAAUGGAGAUUAGUGGACGGAAAGUUUCCUUUACAGAUUUGUGGGGCCUUAUUGUGGAAUAUUUCCUACAACAGAAGGAAGAUCCAUCAAAGCUGUCUGAUCAGCAAGCAGCAGUGAAAUGGGCCCAGAACCCCUAUCCUAUCUAUGCAGCUGUCAAUGUGAGACCCAAUAUUAGCAGUGGUGACUUUGCAGAAUGGUGCGAGUUCACUCCCUAUGAAGUUGGAUUUCGCAAAUAUGGAGCUUUUGUCCGAACAGAGGACUUUGACAGUGAGUUCUUCAUGGGACGGCUCGUCCGGAAACGUCCAGAGCCUAGGAUUUGUUUUCUACAAGGAAUGUGGGGUAGUGCCUUUGCUGCAAGCUUGGAUGAUAUCUGCCUCAAGGUGGUUGGUAUAGGACUGGGCUUUCUUGAUUCUUUCAAAGAUGUUAUCAAAAUUGUAGAUGACUGCCGAAGAUUCCAUUUCCAAGAUCCAACACGACUGAAGACUCGCUUGGUAACACCUGGGGGCCCCUUGUUACAAAUUUUUCAGGAUUUCUUCAAGUCCCGGGUCACAUGUGGAGAAACCUUCAACUUCAUGCAGGGAUUGUAUCUUCAUAAAGAUUAUGUUAACAUCAAGAAAUUUGUGGCUUGGAGAGGAACUCAUCUGGAUGCAUUUCCCAACCAGUUGACCCCCAUGGAAGAGAGCUUGUAUUUAGUGGAUGGCGGCUUUUCUAUCAACUCUCCCUUUCCUUUGGUACUUCAGCCAGAGAGGGAUGUGGAUGUUAUCUUGUCAUUCAAUUUUUCCUGGGAAGCUCCGUUUGAGGUUUUAGAGCUGACUCAGAAAUACUGUGAGGAACGGGAAAUUCCUUUUCCAAAAAUCGAAUUGAGUGAGGAAGAUGAAAAGCAGCCAAAAGAGUGUUACAUGUUCGUGGAUGAUGAUAAUCCAAAGGCUCCAAUUGUGCUUCAUUUCCCAUUGGUGAAUGACACCUUCCAGAAAUACAAAGCUCCAGGAGUUAAACGUGAGUCAGAAGAGGAGAAAUCCUUUGGUGACUUUGUUAUUGAGUCAAAAGAUUCUCCUUACCGUACACUAAAUUUCACCUUUGAGCCAUACGAUUUCAGCAGGUUAGUGGCAGUAAAUUGCUACAAUGUUCUGAACAGCAAGGACACUCUCUUCAAAACCCUGAACUUGGCACUGCAAAGGAGAAAGUUGAAGAAAGUCAUCAAUACGUCCAACACAUGA